CAAUCCAUUUAGUUCCAGUUCCAAUUUGGGUCCAAUAUGUUUACGCUGCAUGGACGUUUAUUUAUAACUAAUUGCUGAGCUGUGCGAUGGCCGCCGCUCAGUUGGAGGAGCGUGCUCCUCCUGCUGAUCUGCAUCCUGAUCGAAAUCCUUACAGCGACUGGCGGCUGUGGUGUCGCCUUUGCGCCAAAGACGACUUGCGGGGAAACAUGAAUGUGUUUCUUAAGAACGAAGAUUCAGGAGAAGCAACCUCUUUGGAAUUGGCCACUGCUAUUGGAAAGUACUUCUGGGUGAAUAUAACUCGGGGCGAGGAACUGCCGGAGAUGAUUUGCAAUGACUGCCUUUCGUUGGUUACCUCGCUAGUGAAUUUCUCGGAUCGGAUUACCAGGGUGCAAAAACUCUAUUGCAUCUUACAGAGUACGUCCAGCCAGGAGACCCUAAAUCUUCAGGAGCUGCGGGUCAAAUUCGGACUGAUUGACGAGGAAACGUUUACAGAGGUGCACUAUGUGGAUAAGAAGCCAAAAUUAGACGAACAGCUUGCUUUUUUGCCAGAAGAGUCGGCUUUUGAGCAGGAAAACCCUCUGACUCCAGAAGGGAAGCAAGAAAAUGAGCAGGAGAACGAGGAGAACGAACAGUCUGAGGAGAUGCCUAUGCAGGAGGAACCAGUUGAUCAGGAUCCGGACUAUGAAGCGGAUGAGGAUGCUGUCCUGUUAAAGCUUUGUGACGCGUAUGGCAUCCAAGAGGAAAAUUCCAGUGGCAGUUUGAGUGAUUCCUCGCCAAGACAAGAAAAAACUGAAAAGGGAUUAUGUGACUCCGACAAAAAGCACCAGUGCAGCGAAUGCUUGCGAACUUAUGCCACGGCUAGGACAUUGCAACGUCACCUUCGGCAAGAUCAUGGACAGAUUGAACCCUGCUCAGACCAACUGCAAUGUCCGGAUUGCCCAAAAAAGUUCAGCCUCCGUUACAACAUGGAGCGCCACAUUAAAUGUCAUGUACCCUUGCCCAAGAGAAAACAAUAUUCCUGUAAUAGUUGCGACAAGAAGUUCGCUACCAGUGCAUCCGCCCAGCAACACGAACAGUACAUGCACCUAGAUGAGCGACCACGGCCGGUGAUCUGCGAGCAGUGCGGCGUUGGUGUACACUCGAUGAGUGCCCUAAAGGAGCACGUCCUAAAGCACACGGACUAUGCCCCGUUUGAGUGCGAGGUGUGCAAAAAAUGCUUUAAGUCGGCAAAUCGACUUAAACACCACAAGGAGACGCACGAUCCACACAAGUACAUCUGCCCGGAGUGCGGCAUGCAGCUAAAUUCGAGGACAACUCUUAAUCGACAUCGGCUGGUGCACACGGAUCAAAUGCAACAUAAAUGCGACUACUGCGGCAGAGAGUUUAAGCGGGCCAAGGCCCUUAAGAAUCAUCUCAUCCUCCACACUGGACUAAAGCCGUACUCCUGCGACUUUUGUGAUCGCACCUUCGCCAAUGGCUCAAACUGCCGUACGCACAAGAAGAAGUCGCAUCCCGAGGAACUGGCUGCCCAGGAGGCAGCCGGUGGUGGCAAGCCCCACAAUCGAAAUAUACCAAAGCUGGAAGCUCUCAAGGCAUUCACCAAGAACAAAGACAACUUGUCGCCGGUGGCCACCAAACAGAGCGGUUGUUUUGCUUUCGGGAAAAAGCCCAAGCCAUCCAAUAAGGAUACUACCGGUCUCACUCCUGCUACGAAUCCAGUUUCCCCUCAAAAUGCUCAGUCUGAUCCAGCGCCUGACCCCGGAGGUGAAAACAUUAACCCACCAGCUCCUCCAGCAGCGGCCAUACCCACGAUAGACAAUAUUUAUAACCACAUCAUGAUAGACUAUCGGUGAUGGCAACGCAGUUUUAACAACUUAACUCCUUUGCUUUGCUUUGUUUUAUACAACAAUUUUUUUGUUACAAAAUUUUAAUAUAUUACUUAAAAACGUGAUAUUGUUAAGUUGAUUGUUUAGAAACAAAUAGAGCACAAAAAAUGAAA